UUUAUCCUCCCACAGGAAUGUAACAUUCUGUAACUCAAACUGUUCUGAGAACAAGGAAAGAAAAUUUGUAAAAGAACUUAAAAAAAAAAUCCAAGUAGCAGUGAAGUUUACCUGGAACCUGCAACAGCUAAGAAUUUUAUAGCUUCACAGUCUGAACAUGUGUCUUUAGGUUAAAUCAUAAGACCAUGAAUUACGGAUGUUCUUAAGUGAAGAAUUCAGGAGUGAAAUGAAUGUUACAUAGAAAAUAAAUGAUUUUUAAGUUAUGUCUAUUAAUUUGACUCUAGAUAUAUAUAUUUACUUCCUUGGUAAUGCAAGAAGUCUUUGUGGGAAUCAGAGAAGCAAACAGCUGCCUUUUGUGUGUUCUAAGAAUUAUUGGCGAGUGAACCAAUCACUCAGUGUGCACAGAGAUUUUCACACGAGUAAGAAAAGCUGUAAAUGGAGCAAAGGUAAAGCAUGUUGCAGUAAGCACUGGCACUCUCCAAGCGACCAUGGCUUACAUAUUGGAGGUUUGAAACUUAGCACUUCUGCUCCUAAGGGACUUACAAAGGUGAGCAUUCAUAUGUCCCGUAUUAAAAGUACUUUGAAUUCUGUUUCAAAGGCUAUUUUUGGCAGUCAAAAUGAAAUGGUUUCACGGUUAGUUCAAUUUAAGCCAAGUUCUCGAUUUUUAAGAAAAAUAUCAGACAGGGGCUGGUUAAAACAAAACAAUGUUAAACAAGCCAUUGAAUCUCUGAAAAAGUAUAGUGAUAAGUCAGCAGAAAAGAAUUCUAUUGUGGAACAGAAAAGUUACAUUGCAGAUAAAGAAGAAGAUACAGGUAAACGGAGCCUUUUCCAUUGCACAUACAAUAUAACGAACAGAGUUGAAGAGUCAUUCUACAUUUUAACCAACCAUAUUAAUAUAUACUUCAAUCGCAAGGAAAAAAUGCCUCAAACAAAGGAAAUUAAACAUCUUCAGGACAAACCAGACUUUGAAGAAGGGAAAUCCGAUUCUCUUAGCCCCAACAUCCUGACAAACACAUCAGACUCAGGAUCUCCCCUUGACGCUGGGGACAAACCUUCUAGCCCUAGCCAGAUGCCCGAGGUUCUUCCAGGGUCUGCAAAGCAAAGUAUUGCUAACUUCCUUUCUCGUCCAACUGAAGGCGUACAAGCCUUAGUUGGUGGUUACAUUGGUGGACUUGUACCCAGAUUAAAGUCUGACUCAAGGAGUCAACCAGAAGGACAAGAAGAGCCUGCUAAAACUGAGCAAGCUGUCAGCAAAGACAAGAAGGCAGAGGAGAAGAAGCGAGUGUCUCUUCAGCGAGAAAAGAUUAUUGCAAGAGUGAGUAUUGAUAACAGAACUCGAGCCUUAGUUCAGGCCUUAAGAAGAACAACCGACCCAAAGCUCUGUAUUACUAGGGUUGAAGAACUGACUUUUCAUCUUCUAGAAUUUCCUGAAGGAAAAGGAGUGGCUGUCAAGGAAAAAAUUAUUCCAUAUUUAUUACGACUUAGACAAAUAAAGGAUGAAACUCUUCAGGCUGCAGUUAGAGAAAUUUUGGCCUUAAUUGGUUAUGUGGAUCCAGUGAAAGGGAGAGGAAUCCGAAUCCUUACAAUUGAUGGUGGAGGAACAAGAGGUGUGGUUGCCCUUCAGACUCUGAGGAAGUUGGUUGAACUUACUCAGAAGCCAAUUCAUCAGCUCUUUGACUACAUCUGUGGUGUAAGCACAGGGGCCAUAUUAGCGUUCAUGCUGGGAUUGUUUCACUUGCCGCUGGAUCAAUGUGAGGAACUCUAUCGAAAGUUGGGCUCAGACGUGUUCUCACAGAACGUCAUUGUCGGGACUGUCAAAAUGAGUUGGAGCCAUGCAUUUUAUGACAGUCACACAUGGGAAAAGAUCCUUCAGGAUAGAAUGGGAUCUGCACUAAUGAUUGAAACAGCAAGAGACCCAGCAUGUCCUAAGGUAGCUGCUGUAAGUACCAUAGUAAACAGAGGACUGACACCAAAAGCUUUUGUGUUCAGAAACUACAGUCAUUUUCCUGGCAUCAACUCUCACUAUUUAGGAGGCUGUCAGUAUAAACUGUGGCAAGCCAUUAGAGCCUCAUCAGCUGCUCCAGGCUACUUUGCAGAAUAUGCACUGGGGAAUGAUCUUCAUCAAGAUGGAGGUUUGCUUCUGAAUAACCCUUCAGCCCUGGCCAUGCAUGAGUGUAAAUGUAUCUGGCCCGAUGCACCAUUAGAGUGUAUAGUAUCCCUGGGCACAGGACGGUAUGAGAGUGAUGUGAGGAAUACCACAACGUACACAAGCCUGAAGACCAAGCUGUCUAAUGUUAUCAGCAGUGCUACAGAUACAGAGGAAGUCCAUGUAAUUCUGGAUGGCCUGUUACCUCCUGACACAUAUUUUAGAUUCAAUCCUGUCAUGUGUGAAAACAUACCCCUAGAUGAAAGUCGAAAUGAAAAGCUGGACCAGCUGCAGCUGGAAGGGAUGAAGUAUAUAGAAAGAAAUGAACAAAAGAUGAAAAAAGUUGCAAAAAUAUUAAGUCAAGAAAAAACAACUCUUCAAAAGAUCAAUGAUUGGAUAAAACUAAAAAGUGACAUGUAUGAAGGCCUUCCAUUUUUUUCAAAAUUGUGAGUAGGAUAUACAUGUGUUCUCAGAAAUGAAGGCCAUCAGAAGAUCUACCAAAUUUAGUGAGGAACUGUGCUUCAGCAUGAGCUUUCUGUGGGAUACUGUGUGAGUUCUGGGAAAUCCUGCAACAGGUGAUGCUUUGAACAGCUUGAAUCUCACAAAGGAUGUUUCAUUACAGAAGUCAUAUGGCAAUUAAAUAUUUAAGAUGUUCAUAACCUUAGGCAUUUUAUUACUGUGCUAGUUGGUUUUAGUAUCUGUUGGUCUUAAAUUGUUUGAUGUUUGAAAAUUUAUUAAUAUAUGUGCCAAAAAAGAUAUGGGAAGUGUUGUAUUUUGUGCUUUGCUUUUAGUCAUCUCAAUCAUGUGGAAUUUGUAUGACAACUGAUUUUCUUUUAUGUCAAAGCUGAUUUCUCUUUGCAUUUACACUACUCAACAUCUCACUAGGUGCACCCACAGUCCAUGUGUUACCUUUACUGUAAUAUCAUUUAAAGAGAUGUAGGGAAUGGGAUUUUCUCUGUUAAAGUACAUGUAUGUUUAAAAUAUUAAAGAACCCAAUGCAGUUUUCUAUUUUAAAAGAUUGGUGAAUUUCCGGUGAGCUAACUUUCCUCUUGAAACUUGAAGAUAAUGUUCAAUUUCCUAGAUCGAAUGCUAUCUUAUCACUUACUAUACAGAAUCAAUUGUUUGAUUUUACUGAGAAAAUAUUCUUAUCAUUAACAAAAAUAAACUAUUAAAGUGAUCAGCUGUGCAAGGCUAAUGCCAUUUAAGAUUUUUUUAUUGCUCAUAAUGAUUGCCCAGUUUCUUGUAGCAUUUAGAAAGAAAUGUUAGUCCAGUUAGAUUUCCUACAGUAAUCCUUUUCCUAUUAGGGUUUUACCUAAGUCAAAACCUGGUUCUGUAGGCCAAUUAAAUUAUUCUUUGCUGUAUUAUUUCCUUUGUAAAUCUUUAAAUUGUGUUGAAAUUUCCCACGAAAAAUGAAGCCAAGGUGUGUGUCCUUUGCCUUAUACACAUAAACUAACAUCGACCCUGCUACCCAUGUUGUCAUAGCGUUUGUGGUGCUGGUUCAUGGAGUGAUGAGACAGCUGAAAGCUGAGGAGUGAUGGAGGAUGUGGGUGUCAAUCUGCUGUCUGCACAGCAGCCUCUGUUCAUGACCAUGAGGACAGUGCACAGUCUAUGAGAUGCAGCUCCUUCACUUGUAAGAGGAGGGAAGGCAAUUGUCAAAUUUUGUGACUUCUCCUUCAUGUUUUAAGAACAAGAUAAAUAUGAUUCCAGUGAUUUCAGAAGAUAAUUAAAAUAAUCCUUUUUAGACUAUAAAUACAAGUAAAUGCUUAAACAACUAGACUGAUUUACUAGUGUAAAAGAAAUAGAAACUACUGGAAAUCUGCAUAUUCUGGAAACGCUAUAAUAGAUUUCAAGCACAAGCUGCUAAUUGUGUGACCCACAUGGGUGUACCUCGUGAGGUUCUCUUGUGGUUGCCUAGUGCAGUUCAUGCUGUGUAGCUUAAGUCCACUUUUCUUUUCUGUGCAUUGCUACUCAUUGCUAGGGGUACUCAAUGCCCAGUUUCUUUCUUCAGACAUGUGGUUUGAGAGCUACCUGUGCUCUUUUAUCCUAACAAACUAUAGCCAUUUGUGUUUUUGUUUGUUUGUAUCCCCCUGGUACUUGAUACUGGUUAUCCAAAUAACUGAGUAAUUACUUAGAUAACAUUUAUUCUUGAAUGAAAGCAUGCUCUCUGUUUCCAAAAGCAAGGUACUAGAGCUCAGAAAGGUAGAGUAAGGAACACUGCUCAGAAAGGUAGAGUAAAGCACACUCUCUGAUAGACACAGUUGUCUUAACUAGAAUGUACUUUCCUGGAAUGUUGUAGAAUGACUGCAGAUCCAGCUAACAGAACUGAAUCUGUGGUAUUGGGUUCAGUUGGUGAGGAAAUGUACUUAGAGCUCUUUGCAACAGCAGAUUAUCUCAGUAUUCAGUUUUGUGGACAUAUCUUGUGUCUUUCUUUAGCCAUCCUGGGCUCCAUGGUACCAUAUAGUGGUGCUCUCCUCAUGAUGACACCUCUAAAGGACUCACAGACCUACGAAGAAGGGGCUAGAGGAGAUGAUUCCUGAGCUUUCUGACCCAACAUGCCAACAUUGCAGCCUUUCCAAAGGAGCUGCCUGUCUACAAGAAAUGCCCACAAUGAAUUUCUUCUACAGGAAAUUGAAGAUGCCCUCUGUGUAGUUAGGAUGCAAAAACCAAUUGGAAAAUUCCAGUUUGAUUCCAUCCCAACAAAUUCUUUUCACAUUCAUUGCACUGUGUUCUUUUUCGUUGUUGUUUCUUGCCAAGUUUAAAUACAACAGAACUGUUCACUUAA